AAGUCAACUAUUUUGUCUCCCGCAUCCACGCGCAUCGCGUCCUCCACCAAGGCACCGCAUUCAAACCCGAUUCCUAGGCUGAAGAUGGAUGCGCUUGGUCGAAGCAUAUCAGGAUGAAUGACGCGACUACUUCUCUGCUCACUGAGCAUCUCAGUUAUACACCUCUGUCCCUCAUAGACGAUGUCAUCAACUCAAUAAACAACUUGAUAUACCAAGCGAUUUCCAGUCUGGAAUCGGGCUUGCUCUCCACGCCUCCAGAGCGCUUGGGUUUCUCGCACGCCAAUAACGGUUCUACUAUCCCAGACACAGACGAGGAUGGCAAUGUUGUCUAUCCAGAGGCCCAACUGGAGAUUGAGAAUGGAUUGCAUCAGCUAGAAACACUUCUUGAGGCGACGGUCGACAAGGCCUUCGAUAAGUUCGAAAUCUACGUGUUGAGAAACAUUCUCACGGUGCCGGAGGACCUUCUGGGCUGGCUUAGACUGAGCCAUUACGAGAACCUUUCAUUCACUCCUUCGCCCGAAACGCCUACCCCCGAAACGAUCCUCGCCCAGCGCAAAAAACUUUACGAAACCAAAAGACUAAAUAGGUCCUUGAAAGAUGAACGAAAUCGGAACGAAGCAGUUAUAUCCCAACUAAAAUCCAUCCUAUCGACAGCUCAAACUGCACAGCCCACGAAAAACGAGGAAGAUGCUGGAUUGCCUACACCGCCCGAAAGCAAAGACCUGAACCUUUCGUUCUUGACAUCUGGCCCGGCUGCCCAGCAAUUGCGCGUUGGUACUAUCGCCGGACCUAAUACACACCAUACCCCUCUUACGACGAAUACGAAGUUCAUUUUGUCUCAACUUCCCGCGUUACAGGCAAUGCUCAAGCAGCUCCGGCCGAAGUUAGCUACUUUACCAAAAUCUGCACAGCCGACAGAGGCAGAAACGAAAAGAAAUGAGAGAGCCGAGUACAUCGAGAGCCGAAUCAAACUUCACUUGGAGCGCGCUGGGCAGCUGGCUGUGGGAGGCGAUGGCAAUCCAAUCAUCACAGGACGAAAGAUCGAUAGUUCCGAGGCACAGGCACUCGAAGCUGUAACGGGCAUGCUUACUCAAGGUGACAAGAUGUCAGAAUAA